CCAGGGGAGGCCUGAACCGGCCAGGCCUGGGUGCAGCCCCCCUUGCCCCGGCUUUGACCCCCUGGCCCCAGCAGAGCCGCCUCCCAGCCUGCCCCUGGGGAGGGGCCACCUGGUGUCAAUUAAGCCCCAGCCACAAGGCUCACGCCACGCCAGGCGGCUGAUUAGUGCCGCCGGCCUCUCCAGAUGGGGAGCAAGGCCUGAGAGGGGUGCCUGCCACCACGCCAGGAGGAGGCCUCGCCGGAGCCAGAAGACCUGGAUCGGAUCUGCCUCUGACGGGCUGACGAUGCCCAGUGGAUAGUCCGCGCUAGCAUGCGUCACCCCUAGGCACAGCCACCAGACACGUCUCCUCCCGGAUCCGCCUGACCUGUGGCAUAGGACUCAUCCCACCGCUUCCCCUGACGUCUGCCUGAUCAACCAUUGCUUCCUUAGAGACCGAGGAAGGAGGCAGACGCAGGAAAUCAUGCCACCGACGGCCCGACAGCAAUGAGCGGGUGACGCCGAGUUGACGUCAGAGGCACAGAAGGCCAACGCCGAGAGCAGCUGCCCGUCCGGGCUGCAGCCCUGCCACGCCAGCCCCCGGCGCCUCCUCCCGGCGUGGCCUGAAGCCCAGCCGCUCCUGGGGACCUGACCUCGGCCAGACCCAUUUUGAGGUCUGUGGACCCUUGGACACUAAACACCAUGGAGAGCCACAUGUUCAGCGUUCAGCAGAUCCAACCCAACGUCAUUUCUGUCCGCCUCUUCAAGCGCAAGGUGGGGGGCCUGGGGUUCCUGGUGAAGGAGAGGGUGAGCAAGCCACCCGUGAUCAUCUCUGACCUGAUCCGAGGGGGUGCCGCGGAGCAGAGCGGCCUCAUCCAGGCCGGGGACAUCAUUCUCGCCGUCAACGGCCAGCCUUUGGUGGACCUGAGCUAUGACAGCGCCCUGGAGGUGCUCAGGGGGAUUGCCUCCGAGACCCACGUGGUGCUCAUCCUCAGGGGCCCUGAGGGCUUCACCACGCACCUGGAGACCACGUUCACCGGGGACGGGACCCCCAAGACCAUCCGGGUGACCCGGCCCCUGGGUCCCCCAACAGCAGCCGUUGACCUGUCCCACCAAGCGUCAGCCGGCAGAGAGCAGACGCUGGCGGUGGACGGGGCCACGGGUCCCGGAAAUGGUCCCCAGCAUGCUCCAGAUCCAGGGCAGGAAGCCAGCUCUCUCGCCCAAGCCAACGGCCUGGCUGCCAGGCCCCCAGGCCAGGACCCAGCCAAGAAAAGCACUGGGGUCACCCUCCAGGGCAGCGGGGAGAACAAUAAACUGCUCAAAGAGAUAGAGCCUGUCCUGAACCUUCUCACCAGUGGGGGCAAAGCGAUCAACGGAGGGGGACCUGCCAAGACAGAGACCAAGGACGUGGAAGUCCAGGUGGACAGAGACCCGGACGGCAAGUCACGCAAACCUCUGCCUCUCGGCGUGGAGAAUGACCGCGUCUUCAAUGACCUGUGGGGGAAGGGCAACAUGCCCGUCAUCCUCAACAACCCGUACUCAGAGAAGGAGCAGCCCCCUGCCUCGGGGAAACAGUCUCCCACGAAGAAUGGCAGCCCCUCCAAGUGCCCUCGCUUCCUCAAGGUCAAGAACUGGGAGACCGACGUGGUUCUCUCUGACACCCUCCACCUCAAGAGCACAUUGGGAACGGGAUGCACUGAGCACAUCUGUAUGGGGUCCGUCAUGCUCCCUUCUCAGCAAAUACGAAAGCCUGAAGACGUCCGCACAAAAGAACAGCUCUUUCUUCUUGCCAAAGAGUUCAUUGAUCAGUACUACUCAUCAAUUAAAAGGUUCGGCUCCAAAGCCCACAUGGAGAGGCUGGAAGAGGUGAACAAAGAGAUCGAAACCACCAGCACCUACCAGCUCAAGGACACAGAGCUCAUCUACGGGGCCAAGCACGCCUGGCGGAACGCCUCCCGCUGCGUCGGCAGGAUCCAGUGGUCCAAGCUGCAGGUGUUUGAUGCCCGAGACUGUACCACUGCUCAUGGGAUGUUCAACUACAUCUGUAACCACAUCAAGUAUGCCACCAACAAAGGGAACCUCAGAUCUGCGAUCACCAUAUUUCCCCAGAGGACCGACGGCAAGCAUGACUUCCGCGUUUGGAACUCCCAACUCAUCCGCUACGCUGGCUACAAGCAGCCCGAUGGCUCCAUCCUGGGGGACCCAGCCAACGUGGAGUUCACGGAGAUCUGCAUACAGCAGGGCUGGAAACCCCCACGAAGCCGCUUCGAUGUCCUGCCGCUCCUGCUCCAGGCGAACGGCAACGACCCAGAGCUCUUCCAAAUCCCUCCAGAGUUGGUACUGGAAGUCCCCAUCAGGCACCCCAAGUUCGAGUGGUUCAAGGACCUGGGACUGAAGUGGUACGGCCUCCCCGCUGUGUCCAACAUGCUCCUAGAGAUUGGCGGCCUGGAGUUCAGCGCCUGUCCCUUCAGUGGCUGGUACAUGGGCACAGAGAUUGGCGUCCGUGACUACUGCGACAGCUCCCGAUACAACAUCCUGGAGGAUGUGGCCAAGAAGAUGAACUUGGACAUGAGGAAGACAUCCUCUCUGUGGAAGGACCAGGCACUGGUGGAGAUCAAUAUUGCGGUUCUGUACAGCUUCCAGAGUGACAAGGUGACCAUCGUCGACCACCACUCCGCCACCGAGUCCUUCAUUAAGCACAUGGAGAACGAGUACCGCUGCCGGGGGGGCUGCCCCGCUGACUGGGUGUGGAUCGUGCCCCCCAUGUCCGGCAGUAUCACGCCCGUCUUCCACCAGGAGAUGCUCAACUACCGGCUGACACCCUCCUUCGAAUACCAGCCUGACCCUUGGAACACCCAUGUCUGGAAAGGCACCAACGGGACCCCCACAAAGCGGCGAGCCAUCGGCUUCAAGAAGCUGGCAGAAGCCGUCAAGUUCUCAGCCAAACUGAUGGGGCAGGCUAUGGCCAAGAGGGUCAAGGCUACCAUCCUUUAUGCCACAGAGACGGGCAAGUCUCAGGCUUAUGCCAAAACCUUGUGUGAGAUCUUCAAACAUGCCUUUGAUGCCAAGGUGAUGUCCAUGGAAGAAUAUGACAUUGUACACCUGGAACAUGAAACUCUGGUCCUGGUGGUUACCAGCACCUUUGGCAAUGGAGACCCCCCUGAGAAUGGGGAGAAAUUUGGCUGUGCUUUGAUGGAAAUGAGGAACCCUAACUCUGUGCACGAGGAAAGGAAGUACCCGGAACCCUUGCGUUUCUUUCCCCGUAAAGGGCCUCCCCUCUCCCGUGGUGACACAGAAGUCCACGGUCUGGCUGCAGUUCGUGACAGCCAGCGCAGGAGCUACAAGGUGCGUUUCAACAGCGUUUCCUCGUACUCUGACUCCCGCAAAUCAUCGGGUGAUGGGCCAGACCUCAGAGACAACUUUGAGAGCACUGGACCCCUGGCCAACGUGAGGUUCUCUGUGUUCGGCCUUGGCUCGCGGGCAUACCCUCACUUCUGCGCCUUUGGACACGCAGUGGACACCCUCCUGGAAGAGCUUGGAGGAGAGAGGAUCCUGAAGAUGAGGGAGGGGGACGAGCUUUGUGGGCAGGAAGAGGCUUUCAGGACCUGGGCUAAGAAGGUCUUCAAGGCAGCCUGUGAUGUGUUCUGCGUGGGUGAUGACGUCAACAUUGAGAAGGCGAACAACUCCCUCAUCAGCAAUGACCGCAGCUGGAAGAGGAACAAGUUCCGUCUCACCUACGUGGCGGAAGCUCCGGAACUCACGCAAGGUCUAUCCAAUGUCCACAAAAAGCGGGUCUCAGCCGCUCGACUCCUCAGCCGCCAAAACCUUCAGAGUCCAAAAUCCAGUCGAUCGACCAUCUUCGUGCGUCUCCACACCAACGGGAAUCAGGAGCUGCAGUACCAGCCCGGGGACCACCUGGGCGUCUUCCCCGGCAACCACGAGGACCUGGUGAAUGCCCUGAUCGAGCGGCUGGAGGACGCGCCCCCUGCCAACCAGUUGGUGAAGGUGGAGCUGCUGGAGGAGCGGAACACGGCUUUGGGGGUUAUCAGUAACUGGACUGAUGAGCAUCGCCUGCCGCCCUGCACCAUCUUCCAGGCCUUCAAGUACUACCUGGACAUCACCACGCCUCCGACGCCACUGCAGCUGCAGCAGUUUGCCUCCCUGGCCACCAGUGAGAAGGAGAGGCAGCGUCUGCUGGUCCUCAGCAAGGGUCUGCAGGAGUACGAGGAGUGGAAAUGGGGCAAGAACCCCACCAUCGUGGAGGUGCUGGAGGAGUUCCCGUCCAUCCAGAUGCCCUCCACCCUGCUCCUGACCCAGCUGUCCCUGCUGCAGCCUCGCUACUAUUCCAUCAGCUCCUCCCCGGACAUGUACCCCGACGAGGUGCACCUCACUGUGGCCAUCGUCUCCUACCGCACCCGAGAUGGAGAAGGACCAAUUCACCACGGCGUGUGCUCCUCCUGGCUCAACCGGAUCCAGGCUGACGAAGUGGUGCCCUGUUUCGUGAGAGGAGCGCCCAGCUUCCACCUGCCCCAAAAUCCCCAAGUGCCCUGUAUCCUGGUUGGCCCAGGCACUGGCAUCGCCCCCUUCCGGAGCUUCUGGCAGCAGCGGCAAUUUGAUAUCCAACACAAAGGAAUGAGCCCCUGCCCCAUGGUCCUGGUCUUUGGGUGCCGGCAGUCCAAGAUAGACCACAUCUACAGGGAGGAGGCCUUGCAGGCCAAGACCAAGGGGGUCUUCAGAGAACUGUACACAGCUUACUCCCGGGAGCCAGACAAACCAAAGAAGUACGUGCAAGACAUCCUACAAGAGCAGCUGGCGGAACCCGUGUAUCGAGCCCUGAAGGAGCAAGGGGGCCACAUCUACGUGUGCGGGGAUGUCACCAUGGCGGCUGAUGUCCUCAAAGCUAUCCAGCGCAUCAUGACCCAGAAGGGCAAGCUCUCGGUGGAGGACGCUGGCGUGUUCAUCAGCAGGCUGAGGGAUGACAACCGCUACCAUGAGGACAUUUUCGGGGUCACCCUGCGCACAUAUGAAGUGACCAACCGCCUUAGAUCUGAAUCCAUUGCCUUCAUUGAGGAGAGCAAAAAAGACACCGAUGAGGUUUUCAGCUCCUAACUGGACCCUCUUGCCCAGACGGAUGGCAGGGUGGCCGCCCCAUUGCGCUCGGCUGGGGUGGCUGCUUUUGUAAGCACGGACACUGCUGAACCUUCCCUUCGGGCACCCCCACGUGGCCCCCGCUCUGCCUCUCGUCCUGUUGCCGUGUCCUGGUCCUCCUCUCCCGGGUUCUCACCUCUCAGUGGUUUCCCGGCCCUCUUGGGUUUUCUCCUUGAGUUUUCGUGCUGCAGUGCAACGCCUUUAUAAUCCGCAGUGGCUCUUACAAGACCGUCUCCCUCUCCCUCUCUCUCUCUUUCCGACAAGGGCAAAUCACCGGUGCAUGAAACCACUGGAACAUGGCCAGGGCUCGCGUUAGGGUGUUUUCUGGGGUUUGCCCUGGAGAGGCUGCAGGGACCAGACAGAAGAGUAUUUUGAGCUAGCCCCUCAGCCAUUCGAAUCCCACCCGAUCCUUUUUCAUGAUGACGUUCUGGUCGUGUGUGUGUGUGUGUGUGUGUGUGUGUGUGUGUGUGUGCGCGUGUGCACAUGUGUGAUGGCCUUGGGUCUCCCUCUGUCCUCUUGCCUGUGGAAGCAUGUUGCCUCCAGACCCUCGGUGCCAAGAAAUAUGCCCCAACCCGUAUUGGAGCCUCACACAUCCAUAAUUAAGGGUCUGUGCCAGCAUACCUGAAACACAUGGACGCAUCCUAAUUGUCCUGGUUAUAAAGGGUCAGGGCAUGGACGUGGGGUUUGAUGACCAAGGGGGAAAUCCCUAGUGAAAGGGGGCAUUAGAUGCAUUUAGGUAGUGGCACCAGUUAGCAGAGAUCUUACUGGGAGAUUAACCCAUCUGAUGGAUUGGGCAAACCCACUUCCCAGCCCCACCCACCCCAGCCAGGAUCACUUAAUUGGCCCUCUCAGGCACUCUCACUCAAGACCCAAAGUAACAUCAUCCAAGGGAAUGAGCUGGAAAUAAGGGUCUUCCUGUCUUUGCCGCUGGGUAACUUUGGAAACAUUAGUUAAUGUUGCUUAAUUUCCCCUAAUCGUAAUGUUAUGAAGCUAAAAAGUGUGAAUGGAUCAAACUUUAAAGUUGUGAAAACUGGAAACAAUA